AAGAGGUUAUAAAUGUAUAUCAGUUUACCGCAGAGGAUGUGGCACUUUGCUGCUCAAGUCUGUCUGAAUAUUUCUUAAAAUGAAAGAUAUUGACUAACUUUUCUAAUAUUACGUAAUGGAAAAUGUGAAAUGUUGUAAGAGCAUUAGAAGAAGUUAAAUGCUAAAAGGUUAACUGCAAACUUGUAAUAAUAUGUAAUUGUAAAUCUAUAAUAUUGUUAAAUAAAUGAGGGUGUUAAAGAAGGUACAAAAUCAAAGCUGUAAAAGGCAAUGGUAAACUUAUAAUAUUUGAUGUAAGUGUUUGCUACAGAAAAGUAAAGGGGGAAAGAAAUUCAAUUUUACCAUUCAUCAUAAAUGGCAACUUGCGUUCUUUUUAUAUAGAAGAUAUUGCACACAUGACAGAACUGUUGCCAAGUUUUCCCUAUGAUGUUUUUCUUGUUGCGUAUCCUCUUACAUCAGAGAACAUGAAAUCAAUCUGAAUCAGCGUGAAAAGUUUGCUCAACAAGCAUCACUUCACGUUGAAUACUGCGAGUUGCUUAUUUUCUUCGAACAGUUUUUGUUUGUUCUAUCGUAGGGAAUUUUCAUCUGCAAGAAGGAGGUGGAGGAUCGUCAAGAGCAACUUUCAGCUGCCAAGAGGCAUGCAGAAUCAACUGCUGUUAUCACUCCAGGACUUGCAAAGGCAUUUUAUGAGAUGCCCACAACAAUUGAGGAAUUGGAUGCUGCUAUUCAGGACAAUAUUUCUCAAGCCAAUUCCAUUCUUUUCCUUAAAUGUUCUGAAAGAAUAUGAACACCGUCAAGAGAAAAUGGAAUCCCUUGCCAAAAAGCUGGAAGCAGAUACAGAGGAACUAAAAAUGUGUUUAGCUGAAAUAGAUCCCCUGAAGGAAAGUUGGCUUCCAAAAUUGAGAAACCUUGUUGCUUGGAUAAAUGAAACCUUUAGUCACAACUUCCAGGAGAUGGCUGUUGCAGGAGAAGUUUCUUUGGAUGAGCAUGACAAGGACUUUGAUCAGUUUGGAAUACUUACAAAAGUAAAGUUCAGGCAAACUGGACAACUUCAAGUACUUAGUGCUCACCAUCAAUCUGGAGGGGAGCCUUCAGUUUCAACUAUUCUUUAUCUUGUUUCUCUUCAAGACCUUACAAACUGCCAAUUUAGGGUAGUCGAUGAGAUUAAGCAAGGAAUGGACCCUGUAAAUGAAAGAAAGAUGUUUCAGCAAUUAGUGAGAGCCGCCAGUCAACCUGGUACUCCACAGUGCUUCCUACUCACUCCAAAGUUGCUACCGGAUUUGGAAUACAGUGAGGCAUGUAGCAUUCUGAAUAUAAUGAAUGGGCCUUGGAUUAAACAGCCUGUUAAAGUGUGGAGCAAUGGUGAAUGUUGGAGAGCUGUUGGAGGCAAUUGCCAGUGAAUGCCAUGAGAUCUUUUGAUUGAAAAGGAUUUAGGAGUCUGCCAGUGCCAUGAUGAGGCAAGAAGCAAGCCGUGUGUUUUCUCACAUAAACUAGUUUUUGUACAAAGCUUUUAUUUUUCGCCUGAACCUUAGGGUAAUUCCUUUUGUCCUGUGUAUAGAUGAUUCUUCAAGAAUGUAGUAAUAUGAUUUAUGUUGAGGCACGCCUCCCUGGAAAUCAAGAGUGUAAUUGAAUUCUCGUUAAUAAAAUGAAUUCCUCCUUCCAAA